AUGACCACCGCCAGAGCCCUCGAGACCAAGAGCAUUCACUUCCUCGCCCUCCACCCUCUCCUCGGCUAUCAGCCCGUCGACCUCCACAUCCCCGUCUCCUACUCCCCCGAGGAGGAGAAGGCCUGCUUCGCAAGGCCUUCUCGUGUUGAUCAGCGCAGCCUCUCCUCGUGCGACCGCAACAUGAUCAGGGCAGCGGCGUGGGUGCUGUGCAUGAACGUGGCGUCGACGAUACUUGUGGGAGCCAUGGGAGUAGCGAUGGGGAUGAUCCACUAG